AUGGAGAGAGGCAGGAGAGUCUUGUUCUGGGCUUUUCUGCUUAUCUUUAUCACUGGUAUAUUCAAAAAUGAAGCAAAAGCAUCCGAGAAAACCCCAAAACCUGAAGCAGCGUUGAGUAUUACUGAAUUCAGCACAUUAUCACCUACUGGAAAUGAGGAAGAAGAUGACAAGGAAUAUUUCAACAGUAAUGAUUAUUCAAGUAAUGAUGAGGAUCAGGAUGAAAAGACCAGUAAAGGUGAAAAUACUGAAUCUGAGUCAGAAUUAAAAUCAGAAGAAUCCAACACAGCAUCACCUACUGGAAAUGAGGAAGAGGAUGACAAGGAAUACUUUAAUAGUAAUGAUUAUCCAAGUAAUGAUGUGGAAGAAGAUAAAAAUGACGUAGAACAUACUGAAUCCAGAACGUCGUCACCAGUUGAGGAUAAAGAGGAUGAUGACAAAGAUUAUUUCAGUCACGAUGAUUAUGAGGGUAAAGAUGAUGAUGAAGAAGAUGAGGAUGAAAAUGAAAGGAAUAUAGACGAAGGUUCUGGUGACGAGUCCCGGUUCUUACUGUUCAAAAAAGAAAUUACAGAAGAAGACAGAAUCAAAGCCGCUUUUGCCAAAAUACUGAGGAGCGACCGGCAGAAUUUUAUCUUUAUAAUGGCAGGCGUAAUGGCAUGUGUAAUAAUUGUGAUGAGCUUGAUUGCCUGUGCCGCCUUUUGUAGGAUUUAUGUUAAAAGACUGAAGAAUGACGUCAUUGCGGCAGAGGAAGGGCGUGCAAAAAUGAUGGACCCCGAAGAUGAUGCUUUUCAAUAUAAUGAUGACUCUGGACAGGAAUAUUCUGAUGAAGAAUAA